AUGAAUAAUGAGUAUAAAGUUUAUCUGAAUAGUUAUGUCGUAUUGAGACAAGUUUCAGGCUUUCAGAAACUUAUACAAGUACUGAGUCCCACUGAUCUAUAUCGUGUUGGUAAGCUGUCAAUAAGGGGGUCUGAUAUACUGGGAAAACCAUAUUACACUACUUUAAGCUUAGAGGGAGACAACUGGGUUAUUGGGACAUCAUUGAAUAGUGGAGAACUGUUAGAUGAGAUAUUACGUGGUUAUGAUAAAAAUGAAAUGUCUAAUGAGACUCCUCCAACUAAAUGUGCUUGCCUAAACCCUCUAAUAAAUAAUAAUGAACAAUGUAACAAAGUAGAAGUCAUGACUGAUAGAGAUAGAAUUACUACUAUAGCUAAAUCAAGCUCUUCAUUUCAAAAUAAAACGAGGUUUUCACAAGAGAAAUAUAUCAAAAAGAUGCAACUUAGACAUACGAAACAACUUAUUUUAAUUCCCCCUACAUUAAUGGAUAUAACUGAAACAGCUAGUUGUCAACCAGCUAAUAAAUUAGACAAACUUGUUCCUAAUACACUUGGACCUAGAUGGAGUCAAAAUACAGUUAGAAUAGAGACUGUAGGUAAUAUUCUCACUCAUAGUAAUGUAUCCUGUGGAAAAAGAGUUAUUCUCUUUGAUAAUCUUAGUGGUGGUAUUGUUGGUGGUUCUAUUUACAGGCAACUAGCUAAUACAGGUUCAUUAUAUGAAAUUUCAAUGAAUCAGUUAACUUUCGAUACAAUAGAGGGUUACAAUUCUAGCAAAUUACCUUUAUAUUUUGAAGCUAUUACCAAAUAUUCAAAACCAAAGGAGCAUUAUUACAGUAUACCUUUUUCUGUACUAGAACAGUAUUAUAAAUAUAGGCUUAAUUUAAACUUAGAAAUUAAGGAUAACUUUGAACAUAAAUGGGUAGAAAUUAAAGAAGUAGAGCAUCGAAAGGAAAAUGAUAAUCGAGAUGAAAUUCUAAAGAAGAGACAGCAAAGAGUUAGAAAUCGUCUUAAUUUAUUAAAUGAUUUAUAUUUAUAUGGAGUUGAUGCUGUUGUGUUGGUUGUUGACUAUAUAAAACUUUUUGGAAGUAUUAAAGGUACAGAGAAACAAAUAAAACAAAAAAUUCAAACUGAAAAAUUUUUUUCUGAAACAAUAUCUGAAGAUGACAAACCUAUACAAGAAGAUAAGAAUAAUUCUUCGAACUCCAAAUAUAAUAUACUUACAUCUCUUGUUAAAGUUUCCCAGAAAUAUUUGAAACCUGGUGGACAGAUUGUCUUGUUUACUCCCCACAUCACAACUGAAUUACUACAAUUACAUCAAGACUUGAUAUUAUCAUCAAGAGAUAAUAGUGGGGAAUUUCACUGCUUCGUAGGUGUUAAGAUGGAAGAAACAUUUAUUCGUGAACAUCAGAUAUUAUCUCAAAGAAGUCAUCCUGCUAUGGAUGCUAACUUAGCUAUAUUCUCUGGGAUUCUACUAUCUGCAAUACAUGUUCUAUAA